AUGGUGGUUUCCGCCAAAUUGCGCUCUGCCAUCGCCUGGAUCCUGGUUUGUCGGAAUCGGGCGCUGGGUGGUGGCCUUCAAGCUCAAUUGGUCGACGUCGGUCCCAAAGCGGAAGGACCUGUCGACUGCAAGAGCAUCUGCGAUCCCGAAGGAUCCCCUUACGAUCGCAAUGUUGAGGCUCUCCAGUUCUUGAAGAGAACGUGGGUGCCCGACGACAAGAAUCCGAUCAAUCUCACGGCAGUCGCCAAUCGUCGAAUCUUCUUCGGAGAGGGAAAGUUCAGCCUUGAGUAUGACGAGGAGCAGGAGGUAAGGAACUUGGCCAUUAAGAACCCUCCCCCCAACGGGAUGGUGGUCACAGUGCUGGAAAUGAGCUGUGUGCUGCGAUGUUUUAAGAAGCUCACUGGACUCUUCAUCGACGACUCAGGUGUGCAGGGUGCUCUCCAAGACCUCUUUCUGCCGGAAAACCUGGUGGAACUGCAUAUGCGCGACUGCCCCAUUUCAGGCGCAUUGACGGAUCUGGGCCACCGGUCUCUGCUGGGCCUGAAGCUCUCAUCAAGCAAGCACCAAUUUGCCAUCACUGGCGACCUGAAGGAUCUGAACGUUGACCGUCUGGCGUUUCUGGACUUGCGGGGUUGCCGGAGGAUCACCGGGAACCUCGCCGAUUUGAAGUGCUCCACACUCCGCGGCAUAUUCCUUCAGUACACCGGAGUUUCUGGUGACAUCACUCGGCUGCUCCGUGACAACCGUCGCAUGACUUGGCUGGAUCUGCGCGGAACCAGAGUCCACGGCUCCAUCAACUCCGAAUGGCGCCAGGUUGGUCAGGAUCUCAUCCACCUACGUCUCAGCGAUACCAGCGUGACCUUCAACAUGUCCGAGCCGGAGCUCGUGCCUUGA